AGAAUCAAUUGUGGCACUGAGGAACGUCAUGUUUCCUUCAUCCAUACUGAACAAAAUGUUGGGUAGUGUGGGAGUUCGAGAUUGAACGUAUGGAUAACAUGUAGUGAAAAACAUUAUAUUUCUGAUGAAAUUUACGUGUUUCUUUCAGCACCAUAUUUACGUGAGCGAAUUCUCACUUAUAGAUAUGGCAAUGCCGUAAGGCGGCGCAUUUUCAACAGAGAUUUUGUUUACAACAGCAACCUGCUUAUCGACUGGUAUUUGGCAUGCGUUGUAGGAAUUAUUGAAUUUGAGGCAGAGAAGAUUUAAAAUGAUUACAGCUGGUUAACAGAAGGCUCAAAAUAGUAACAUAGGAAUGGCGUACUAUAUUGUGAGGUUGGAUCCCCAGCCAGUGUGUGCAAAUCUUCAUCUGAGACAGCCUGAACAAUCCAGGGCGGCGCCCAAAUGGAAGAAAAGGCAUUCUAAUGUCUUUACCUCAGGUAAGCUGUCAAAACCCCCAUGUGUAUGUAGGAUUGUCAAGGAGGGAAAUUCUCUUCAUUAUUUUAGCUCAUUAAAACCCAGUAGAAGAGGUUUAGGGGAAUUACAUGUGGCAAAAGUGAAGGAAAGACAAUUGGUUAUGGGAAACCCCUCGCCUAUUGUAGAGGCAGGAAAAUAUAGCUACGACGUGGAGACUGUAAUAAAUAAGAUUAGCAGCUUGCCCCCUCGUGGCAGUGUAGCCAAAUGCUUGGAGCCUUACAAGAAGAAGCUCUUAUUGAAUGACUUCUCUGUAAUUUUCAGAGAAUUUGCGCAGAGAGGGGACUGGCAGAGGACUCUCAGGCUGUUCAAGUAUAUGCAGAGGCAACUGUGGUGCAAACCCAAUGAACAUAUCUAUACAAUUGUGAUUGGGAUUAUGGGCAGAGAGGGGCUGCUUGAUAAAUGCUCUGAGAUUUUUGAGGAAAUGCCUGAGCAGGGUGUGGGUUGGGAUGUUUAUUCCUUCACAGCAUUGAUAAAUGCUUAUGGUCGGAAUGGGCAGUAUGAGACCUCGCUUCAUCUGCUUGCCAGGAUGAAAAGGGAGAGGAUAACUCCCAAUCUUAUCACAUACAAUACUAUCAUAAAUGCCUGUGCCAAAGGUGGGUACGAUUGGGAAGGUUUGUUGGGUCUAUUUGCACAAAUGAGGCAUGAAGGUAUUCAACCGGAUAUUAUUACUUACAAUACUUUGCUAGGUGCUUGUGCCAGCCGGGGCUUAUCCAAUGAGGCUGAGAUGGUGUUUAGGACGAUGAAUGAGGCUGGCAUUGUUCCAAAUGAAUUUACUUAUACUUAUGUGGUCGAAACGUUCGGGCAGGCAGGUUUACUUGACAGAGUCCCGGAACUUUUAAGAGAGUUGGAGUUGGCGGGCAAUUUUCCAGAUGUUACUGCAUAUAAUCUACUGUUGGAGGCCUAUGCAAAGUCUGGUAUUGUCAAGAAAGCUGUGGGUGUUUUUAGGCAAAUGCAAAAUGCAGGGUGCACCCCAAAUGCUUCAACAUAUAGUACCUUAUUGAGUUGCUAUGGGAAAAGUGGGCAAUAUGAUGAUGUAAGAGAGCUUUUUCUUUCAAUGAAGGCAAGUAGUACUGAUCCUGAUGUUGUUACUUACAAUACCCUCAUUGAUGUUUUUGGAAAAGGAGGCUAUUACCAGGAGGUCAUUUCACUUUUCCAUGACAUGGUGCGAGAGAAUGUAGAACCUGUGAUGGAAACCUACAACGGGAUAAUGCUUGCCUGUGCAAAGGGUGGCCUACACGAAGAUGCAAAGCAAAUACUGCAACGCAUGCAAACUAGGGGAAUAGUACCCAGUGUGGAAGUUUUCAACAGCUUUAUUGAUGCUUAUGGAAAUGCAGCACUUUAUGAGGAUGCUAUUGUUGCAUUUAAUACCAUGAAUGAGGUUGGAAGUGAGCCAAACGAAGAUACAUACAACUCUAUUAUAGAGAUGUAUGCUAGAGGAGGGCUUGAUGAAGAAUGCUAUUAUUUCUUUGACAUAAUGGAUGAGGCAGGCAUGGACGGCUCUGUUGAGUCAUAUAAUGCAUUGAUUGUAUCUUCUGCAAGGGUUGGCAACUUUGAUGAUGCAAUAGAGCUAUUUGAAUAUAUGCAGCAAUCGGACUGCGAAUUGAACCAACAGACCUAUGAGGCAAUAUUAAAUGUUUAUUGCAUAGCAGACAUGGUUGAAGAAGGUAGAACUCUAUUCAUGGAAAUAAAAGAAAGGGGAUUGGGGCCAAGUAUUGUAUCAUAUUGCUACAUGCUAUCAACAUAUGCAAGGUUGAGCAGAUGGGAUGAUGCUUAUGAAUUACUGGAAGAAAUGCAGACACCUAGGGUACCAAAUUCUCUAAGAGUGUUCGGGGCAAUGAUCAAGGGUGAUUAUGAUGAUGACUCAAACUGGCAAGUGGUUGAAUAUUUGUUUGAUACUUUAAAAACAGAAGGUCUUGGAGUAGCCAUGGUGUUCUACAAUGCAGUCUUGGAUGCAUUGUGGUGGUUGGGUCAAAAAGCUAGAGCUGCUAAAGUACUUGAAGAAGCAAGAAAGCGCAGAGUUUUCACAGAAGUAUUUCGGAAAACCAAGUUGGUAUCUUCAGUAGAUGUGCAUAGAAUGUCUGUGGGUGCUGCAUUGACAUCCGUCUCAAUUUGGCUAACUGAUACCCAUAGAUUGGCUACCAAUAGAGAGAAUAUUUCUCAGCUUGCCAGCAUAAUCACUGUAAGAGGUGAACUAGAACAAAAUAAGGGUGCAAAGCAGUUUCCUGUUGCAAAGGCAGUCUUUUCAUUUCUCCAGGACAUAAAAGCACCAUUCAGCUAUGUAGCAUGGAGCAAGGGACGCAUAAUAUGUAAUAAGACUCAAUUACAGCGAUGGAUUUUAAAGUCACACAUGAUUGAAUCCAUUGCUCUUGUAAAUUUAUUGCUUCCAGCCCCUUGUACAAGAAUAGACAGUAUGCAUAUACAGGAAGGAGAGAAUGAAAAUUAUGGUGAAGUUGAAAGGAAGGAGGCCAUAAGCAAAGAAUUGACAUCAGUUUAGAUUUCCAAAAUGUUACAUUCAAGUUACCAUGUAAAUCAAAGUGCCUGCCACCCACAACAAAAAUUUGGUCCCUGUUUCUGAAUUUAACUGAUGCUCAUAGCUGAUCUCAGUAUUGGUACUUGCCAUUCCCAAGGUAUAUGAUUGAAGUAAUAGAAGAUAUUGCCCUAACAAUCAAGAUGUGAUCUGCUGGAGGAAGUCACACAGGAAUUAUGCUUUUAAUCGUAGUUGUUUCUUUACGUAUAUCAGAGACUCUGGAUUCAAGCAUGUUGGCACUGGCAAUGUAAAUUAUGAUUUUUACAUGCAGAAGCAUACUGACCAGAAUUACUGUGAUCUGAUGAUGUGCUCCAGGUAGGUGCAUUGAAACUAAGGUGAUGUGACCUGAUGAUUUUCACAUGCAGAAGAAUUAUCACCUGAGGUAUUGUGUUGUGAUAUGUUCACCAUUUAGGUUUAGGAGUUGGGAGACAAAUUAUUAACUCGCACAUCCCUCAGGAAUUGGGAAAUAAAUUUGUUAAAUUGUACCAACAUUAGGAGUUUGGAAACAAAUUGUAAACAUGUAUCACAAUUAUCAUUCAAUUCCAUCUCCAUUAUCAAAAUUCCGAUCAUUCUCUUCUUGAUUAUUUUCGUCAUUUUUUAUAGAUUGCCCACUGCCAUGAGCAUGUUAGCUGCAAAAGGGAAUAAAACCAUCAGGAUUGUUUAAUAUUCUUUAAAUUUAUUCUGUCUUGAAUGGCAUGCUCUUGUUGCCAUCGAAUUGAAUUGUAAUUUCCAUUAUGAACAUUAAUAAGAUCAUACUGUGGCCAGAG